UCGUCCUCUGUCCGUGCAUGAGACGUUCAAGCAUGCUGCCAGUUCUUACGGUGGUCCUCCUGUGGGCCGUCCGGUCUCAGGCUGAAGUCCCCGUGCAAGAAGAUUUUGAUCUUGAGAAGUUUGCAGGGACGUGGCACAUUAUGAGCGGGGUGUCCAACUGUCCCGUGUUCCAAGGCAUGAAGGAUUUGAUGAAAACUUCAGUCACCAUUGUUAAGCCCAUUCCGAACGGUGACAUGGAGAUAACCACUGGAUACCCUUUCCCUGAAGAAUGCAAGAAGGUGGUGCUGUAUUUUAAGAAGACUGACCAGCUUGGACACUUUACCCAAAAGGAUGAGAUGGCAAAGAGAGACGUGCGUGUGAUAGAAACAGACUAUUCCAACUUCGCCUUAUUCUACACCUACAAGGUGCCCAACGAGGAUGCCCCCAGCAACACCAUCCAGCUAUACACCAGAGAGCCCACGGUGAGCCCGGAAGUGAUGGAGAAGUUCAAGAAGCAUUAUCAUGAGAUCGGCCUCACUGAUGACAUGAUGGUCAUGUUGCCCAAGUCCGAUCUAUGCCUGAAGGCCUUGAGUGGCUGAGAAGAACCUGAUCCACCAGCAGACAGAGCAAUCCCCCUGCCGAGGCACCCAUGAAAUUGUCGCUGCUGAUCACACCUCACUCCCCACCCUCAACCCCACAACCUUUCCUCCUCCACUUUCUCUGUAAUGUGGGCCCCCCCUGCCUUGUCCACAACCCAUCUCUUUCUCCUGAAUUAAAAAGUGUUUCUUUGA